CAGACUAUCAAAUCACCUUUUAAUACGCGAACCAGUACCAGAUGCUCAUCUUCUAGCCUGGCAUGAGGUGUGAUUCGGAUCCAGAUAAAGCCGGCUCUAUGUUACCCUCUGGGUCUGACGAAGCCGAUUCGUCGGAGUUCGAAUCUUUUAGUGAAGAUGAGGAUGUUCAAAAUGUGGUCACCCAGCGUGAUGUAUUUGGGAGCGAUGCAGGUUCCGAAGAAUCAUCCCCAAAUGCUCCACCGAAGUUGCCGGAAACUAAUGAUGAAUCUGACGUUAGCCAAGAGGAUCAGUUGGGUUCUGAACGGAAGAAUAUUAAUUCAGGCGAUUCAAGUUCACCACACUCUUCUACGAUGGACUCCCGUUCCGCCGAUGAUGAACGGUCCGCACAACCUAAUGCCACCUUGGAGUCGUCUGGAAUGGUUCGCGUGCGCGAGCAUUUUGAUUCCGAUGGUACGAACGACGGGGCGGCAGACGGAAGCAUUGCUGAGGAUGACCCAGAGCGUGCCGGUGAUGCUGACGAUGGGGAUCAAGAACCAGACGAAACUCGAAUAGCAGUCGACUUUCCACUUAUUCGAGCUGACUUGGGAAAGGAAAUGCAUCUCGUUAAGAUGCCUAACUUCCUGUCAGUGGAGACCCGUCCAUUUGAUCCAAACUUUUACGAAGAUGAACUCGAUGAAGAUGAAGUUUUGGAUGAAGAAGGUCGGACUCGCCUGAAGUUAAAGGUUGAAAAUACCAUUCGAUGGCGCAUUGGAAAGACUCCUGAUGGCGAGCCGGUUCACGAAUCGAACUCCCGCAUUGUGCGCUGGUCAGAUGGCUCACUUUCUCUCCACUUGGGUGAUGAGAUUUUCGACAUCCACAAGGUUGAUAUUCAUUCGGAUUACAACUAUCUUUUCAUUCGAGAAGGGAGCGGUCUUCAGGGCCAGUCUAGUCUGCGGACGAAGCUCACGUUCCGACCUCAUUCUACCGAUUCUUUCACGCAUCGUAAAAUCACACUGUCUUUGGCGGACAAAACCAACAAAUCUCAAAAGGUCAAAAUUCUUCCAGUGGCAGGAGGCGAUCCGGAGAGCAACCGUAAUGCUCUUGUGAGGAAGGAAGAGGAAAAAUUGCGCGCCACUCUUCGGCGUGAGAGCCAAUUGCGCCGUAUGCGCGAACGUCAGGCCAUAUCUCGGAACAGUUUUACCGGGGCUGGCACUAGCGAACGGCGUCGACACUACGGCACUGGUGAGGAUGAGGACGACGAGGAUGAUGAUAACACCACUUCGUUAAAUGCUCUGAAACGCAACGCUAAAAAUGCUCUCAAAGCCAGUCGCAGGGAUGUUUCCGCUAUUUAUUCGUCCGAAUCCGAAUCGCUCAGUGACAUUUCCGAGCCACGGAAGAGAGCACGCGCUCGAAUAAGCGACGAAGGUGAAAGCGACUAAUAUCUUUUCAAUGUAAAUAAUUAACUUAUUUCGUUUCUAAUUAAACUCUUGUUUCCACACAUCCGUUUCUUAUAACUCGGGGCUCGGCUGAUACCAUUUUUCGGUUUGUUGUCACACUUACGCAGAGGCGCAAGCAUACCCGUGCAAAUUUCCAAUGUCCUUCUCUAUAUCGAGUUUACUUGUCGUUCAGUUCAUUUCCAAGGCCUCUAGCUUCCGUUCCUCCAUUCAUCAUUCUUUUUAUCUGAAUGGUUGAAUGUUCCUUCCUUGAACCUUUCGAAAUUUAGCUACUGUGUGCCAUAGAUAUGCCUAAUUUUUACAAUGAGACACUGAAUCCUCUGUGUAUCGAUCUCCGUGCCCGCAUGUAUCCUUCUCGUCAUUACUGGCCUUAUCGAUCACCAGUACAUUAUGAUAAAAAUUUUAUUGCAACACUUUUAUAGCCAUUUUUACUUUCUGA